AUGCACAACUUGGCCCUCAAUACCAACAAGACAAAGGAGAUGGUCAUAGACUUCAGGAGGGUUAGCCAACAUCACCAUCGCCCUCUAACCAUAAACAGCUCUGUGGUGGAGAGGAUCCAAAGCACCAAGUUUCUGGGGAUCCAUCUGACAGACAAGCUGACUACCAGAGACAACACUUCAGCUGUCAUCAAGAAGGCCCAACAAUGCCUUCACUUUCUUCGCAGACUGAAGAAGGUGGAACUUUCCAUCCCAGCCAUGACCCUGUUUUACAGAGGGACAGUUGAGAGCCUGCUAACCUACUCUAUCCCGUCCUGGUUCGGCAGCUGUACAGUGGAGGAGAGACACAAUCUCAGCCAGAUUGUGAGAACAGCCGAGAAAAUUAUUGGUGUCUCAUUGCCACUGCUACAGGACAUCUACACAGAGCGCUAUGUGCGGAGAGCUGAAUCUAAUUUGGUCUCAUUCUCUAGCUGCUACUGUGUGGACUGUCUGGAUAUCCUAGUGGGUGAGGGGACAUUUAACCAGCUGAAAAAUGUGGACCCAUGGACCUGUUACCUUUGUGCACCCGAGAGCAGCUCUGGAGCUUUGAAGCCCAGGCAUGACUGGAGCAUCCGUGUGCAGGAAUUCUUUGCCAACAACAGCGCCAUGGAGUUUGAGCCCCACCGUGUUUACCCAUCAAUCCCUGCUAACCAGCGACGUCCAAUCAGAGUCCUUUCUUUAUUUGAUGGUAUAGCCACAGGAUACCUUGUUCUGAGGGAUCUUGGCUUUAAAGUGGAAAAAUAUGUGGCCUCAGAAGUUGAUGAAGAAUCCAUCACCAUUUCUAUGGUUAACCAUGAUGGAAAAAUCACUCAUGUUGAUGAUGUUAAGAACAUUACGAAAAAGCAUAUUGACAAAUGGGGCCCGUUUGAUCUUCUCAUUGGUGGAAGUCCUUGUAAUGACUUGUCCAUAGUCAAUCCUGCUAGGAAAGGCUUGUAUGAGGGCACAGGGCGGCUCUUUUUUGAAUAUUAUCGGCUUCUGAAUGUUAUGAAACCGAAGGAAGAUGACCCACAACCGUUCUUCUGGCUGUUUGAGAACGUGGUGUUCAUGCAAACCCAGGUUAAAGCUGACAUUUGCCGCUUUCUGGAAUGUAACCCUGUGCUUGUUGAUGCUGUGAAAGUGAGUCCAGCUCACAGAGCAAGAUACUUCUGGGGGAACAUACCUGGCAUGAACAGACCUAUCAUAGCAUCCCAGAAUGAUAAACUCCGGCUUCAGGAAUGUCUGGAGCCUGGCCGCACUGCAAAGUAUGAAAAAGUUCGCACUAUCACCACACGACCAAACUCACUGAAGCAGGGCACCAAUGAUGCACAUUUCCCCAUCACCAUGAAUGGAAAAGAUGACAAUAUAUGGAUCACAGAAAUGGAGAAAAUAUUUGGAUUUCCGAAGCAUUACACGGAUGUGAAAAAUAUGGGGCGUUUGCAGAGGCAGAGAGUGCUGGGGAAGUCCUGGAGCGUCCCUGUCAUAAGACAUCUUUUAGCACCACUGAAGGAUUACUUUGCUUGUGACGAGGUCCCCUUGAAAUGAACAGACAUGAUUUUUUAUCUUUUUCUGUCAGUGUGAAUAGACUCGAACAUGAGAAUUUGUUGCUUUUAAUGGUUUUACCCUUAUUUUUAAACUAAAAUAUGACUAACUGAAGAAUUGUUUGGAAUAAUGUAUGCUGGGAAACUAUAGAAGGUUGAUUCCAUUUUAUUGAAUGUUGCGUCAAAUCACGUCACU